GUUCGCAUUGAUGCGAAAACUCACACUCUCUAUUCCAUUUACACCUUCACCUUUUGAUCCCCGCAGUCUGGAAUCCUUUUUCCUUCCCGCACGUCAACCUUACAAUAUCGGUUUUUGCUAUUCGCGAUAUUGCGCCUCCUUUGCUAGUUGAUUCUUUCAGGCGCGCGACGCUUGCAAAUAUGGACGGAAUGGAUUAUGACCCGAUGGUGAUGGAUGGGGAACCAGAGCAGCCCCAAGUGAAGAUCUCUGCGGCCGAUCAUACCCAUGUUGAUUUCGAGCUAUCGAAGACGAAUCUUGCCUUCGCCAAUGCCGUGCGGCGAAUUAUCCAGGCAGAAGUGCCCACAAUCGCCAUCGACCUGGUCGAGAUCGAGACCAACAGCUCCGUGCUGGCCGACGAGUUCAUCGCCCACCGCCUGGGUCUUAUUCCUCUCGACUCAAAAGGAGUUGACGAGCUCAACUACUCACGAGACUGCGACUGCGAGCAGUACUGCGAACAAUGCAGUGUCACUCUGACACUGCACGCGAAGUGCACGUCGGACGAGAUUAUGAAGGUGUAUGCGCGGGAUUUGGUGGUGGAUGGACGUCAUAUGAAUGGAGUGGGAAGCCCUGUGAUCACAGAUCCAGAGGGUUACGGCUGCUUGAUCGCGAAGCUGCGCAAGGGCCAAGAGUUGAAGAUUAGCUGCAUUGCUAAGAAGGGAAUCGCAAAGGAGCACGCCAAGUGGAUGCCUACAUCUGCGGUCGGCUUUGAGUAUGAUCCUCAUAACAAGCUGCACCACAUUGACUGGUGGUUUGAGAACGACACAGACCCUGCUGUUGAAUGGCCCAAGAGCAAAUAUGCUGAAUGGGAAGAGCCUCCUCAAGAAGGCGAACCCUUUGACUACGAUGCAGUUCCAAACAGGUUCUACUUCGAGGUUGAAACAUCAGGGAGCAUGGAACCUGAUCAAAUCGUGCAAAACGGUAUCAGAGUAUUGCAGCAAAAGAUCGGUGGUCUUCUAAAGGGCCUGGACCCUAGGAAGUAUGGCGGUGACGAAGCUGAUUUCGAUGGUCCUCGAAGUCCUGAUAUGAACAUGGACGGCGGUACCACACCUUGGCAGGAUGGAGGGUACACUACGCCUUACGGUGGUGGUGGUGGCGGCCAGACGGCGUACGGAGGCGGCAUGACAGCCUACGGAACAACACCGUACGGAGGAUCUUCUUGGCAGUAAGGGACAGAGGCGUUUGAUGGGUUAGGCAAUUCGUAAUCAAGAAAGGUUUGGAGGUAUAAACAGGAGGUGAUCUGGAAACUAGUAACAGUCUCGAAAAAACAGCAUAGCACGGUCUUAGAAUGGGAUCUUUUUUCAGGAGACAAAUCAUGG